AUGGAUAUCCAGCACCUCCCGAUCCCCACGCCGCAGCGACAGGUCGCCGUCGGCAGAGAAGUCGUCGUGCCCUGGACGCGCCAGGAAAUCCCCCUCGGCACCGGCUUCUCCUCGCGGCGCAUCGCGACGCCCAACCCGUGGCUGACGACCUCGUCCCCCUGGGACGCGCAGCACCUCCGCGCCCAGAAGCUGCUCUACGAGGGAGCCGUCGAGGGCAAGGCCACCUACCGCGACAGCGAGAGCACCAGCCACUCCACCGGCACGGAGCACACGAGCGGCAGCCUCGGCGCAACCGUCGGCUGCGCCUUCCUCAAGGCCAGCGUCACGGGCAGCUACGACAAGACGGUCCUGACCACCAAGGACACCAACAGGGUGUCGAGGACGUGCCUGAUGCGCCACGGCGCGGUGCGCUUCGGCCGCGAGCCCAGGUUGUCGUGGGAGGCCAAGGCCCUGCUGUCGCGGCCGGGCGGCGAGGCCCUGUUCGCCGAGCGCUUCGGCGACUACUACGCCGCGUGCUACGUGCUCGGGGGCGACGCGGGAGUCUACGUCAGCACGAGCGACGAGGCCGUCUCGACGCGGUCCACGGAAAAGGUCACCGUCAGGGUCAAGGCGCUCUUCUUCUCCACGAGCCGCUCGUUCGAGAAGACGACGACCGGGCGCGCCGAGAGCUUCGAGGUCACCAUGAGCGGCUACGACACGCUCGCCGGGAGCGCUCAUGUGCACGUCCCGACGGUCGGUCCGUCGGGCCUCGUCCGGGUCAGCCAGGCCAAGUUUGACGAGGUCAGGCGGGCGAGCACGGGCUACGUGGACAGCGUGGACGAGCUGCCUGCGCGGAUUGGCCGGAGGAUGAGGGAGCUGCGGCUGGUCAAGGACCGCGACGAGCUGGAGUGGGAUCACGGCCUCGAGCUAUGCCGUGCUGGGUUGGUGGUGCAGCUGGUCUUGAUGCCGUACAGCCAUCUGCGCGAGUACAAAGUGGCCGUGCUGGGGCUGUAG